AUGUGUUCCACUGUGUGUUUGAUCGUCUUACUCCUGUGCGUAAUGAACGCAGCACUUUCCACUCCCUUUGAAUCUGAGGAUAUUGUACCUGUUCGGAUAAAUGGAAGAAUCAGCGGUCGCUUUUGGAAAAGAAGCGAGGAUCAGCCGAGAUUUAUCCUCAGUGCAUUUGGCAAGGACUUGACUCUUAACCUUAUUCCAGAUACCAGCUUUAUCGCGCCUUCCUUCACCAUACAGCGCAUCAAAGCCAGAGACGUUGGCGCUUUAUGCAGCUCUUCAGGUGCCCAACUUGCCGCUGAUCUCCAAAAAUGUAUGAACCAGACAGAGGAGAAUGAAGGACAGCUUAGGAGUUGCUUUUACUCGGGGAAUGUAGAUCACGAUCAAAGCUCGAUUGUGGCUGUCAGUUUGUGCUCGGGCAUCUUUGGCUCCUUCAUAACGGAUGGGAAAGAGUAUUUAAUUGAGCCCAAACUUCGCGGCGGCUUGGGGCCAGACUCUGCCGAGCAGCUGCAUGUCAUCAAGAGGAGGACAUUCACCAAAAAACACGGUGAUCCCCUCCUGUUUGAACACGCGUCGGCUGAGAGUCGAGAGGAGAAGCACAAUGGGGAAAGUUUUACGCACGGCGACAGUGACGCACAGAGGGAACCUCGCCGGAGACGCUUUGUUUCCGCGCCACGGUUCAUAGAGACCCUGGCGGUAGCAGACUCAACCAUGACCCACUUCUAUGGAGAUGAAAUUAAGCACUACAUUCUUACCCUGAUGUCGAUGGCCGCCCAGCUUUACAAGCACCCCAGCAUAAAGAACUCCGUAAACAUGGUGGUGGUGAAGUUGUUGGUGGUGGAGGAUGAGGAGGUUGGCCCGGAGGUCUCCAACAACGGAGGUGUGGCUUUGAGGAACUUCUGCUCCUGGCAGCAGCUCUUCAACCCACCAAGCCAGAGGCAUCCGGAACACUAUGACACUGCCAUGCUCUUCACCAGAGAGGACAUCUGUGGACAGAAGAGCUGCGACACUUUGGGUGUGGCCGAUGUCGGAACGAUGUGCGAUCCCAAGAGAAGCUGCUCAGUUAUAGAAGAUAACGGCCUGCAAGCUGCCUUCACAGCUGCACACGAGCUCGGUCAUGUGUUGAGUAUGCCUCACGAUGACUCCAAGACCUGUGAGAGGUUGUUUGGAGAUCUGGGAAGACAUUACCUGAUGGCUCCUCUGUUUGUCAGCCUCAACAAGACAGCGCCUUGGUCUCCCUGCAGUGCUCUCUACAUCACAGAGUUCUUUGACAAUGGACAUGGGGACUGCCUGCUGGAUGUCCCAGAGAAUGUCAUACCGUUACCAAGAGAGCUGCCAGGCACCACGUACAGCCUGGACCAGCAGUGCCAGCAGAUUUUUGGAGAGGAGUUUGUCCAAUGCCCCAACUCCUCAGAUAGUGACAGUUGUAGCCAGCUAUGGUGUCAGGAGGAUGGGACGCUGCAGUGCUCCACCAAGAAUGGCAGCUUACCCUGGGCUGACGGCACCCCCUGUAGCCUCAACGGAUCUUGCCUCCACGGAGCGUGCAUGUCGACUCAGGAUGUGAUGCAGCCGCUGGUGGUUGUGGACGGCGGCUGGAACUUGUGGGGGCCGUGGCAGCAGUGCUCCAGAACAUGUGGAGGAGGGGUGGAGUUCUCAUAUAGGGAGUGCACUGACCCCGUGCCUCAGAACGGAGGGAAGUACUGUGAAGGACAGCGGGUUCGGUACCAGUCCUGCAACACGCAGCCCUGCGACAACCACGACGGAAAGAGUUUUCGAGAGGAGCAGUGUGAGAAGUACAACAGCCCCAACUACCUGGACUACAACGGGAAUAUAAAACAGUGGAUCCCAAAGUACGCUGGUGUUUCUCCCAGAGACAGAUGUAAGCUGUUCUGCAGGGCCAGGGGCAGCAGUGAAUUUAAGGUGUUUGAAUCCAAGGUGAUUGACGGGACGACCUGUGGCCCUGACACCACAUCGGUGUGUGUCCAAGGCCAGUGUGUGAAGGCAGGCUGUGACCAGGUGAUUGGAUCCAACAAGAGGGUGGAUAAAUGUGGAGUGUGUGGAGGAAGUGGGCUCACCUGUAGAAAGAUUACAGGCUCCUACAAUAAAGCAACCUAUGGAUACAGCGACAUUGUCACAAUUCCUGUUGGCGCUACUAACAUUGACAUCAAACAGCGGAGCCACCGAGGGAUCAAACAUGACGGGAACUACCUGGCUAUAAAGAGAGAGAGUGGCGGUUACAUCCUCAACGGUAACUUCUCUGUAUCCACGGUGGAGCAGGACAUUCCUGUGCUGGGUGCUGUACUAAAGUACAGCGGCUCCUCCACCACCCUGGAGAGGAUCCAGAGCUUUAGGCAGCUGAAGGAGGCUAUCACCAUCCAACUCCUUGCCACUGCGGGGGACGCAAACCCUCCCAAGGUCAAAUAUACAUUUUUCAUCCCUAGAGAUGUGACCUUCAACAAAUCCAAAGAGAAGAAGGGCUCGUCCCUGUCUCUGCAUAUGAUCCAUCCAUUCGGUGUACCUGACUGGGUGCUGGGGGAGUGGUCUGAGUGCUCCAAGAGCUGUGGCUCCGGAUGGUCCAGGAGAAAUGUGGAAUGCCGAGACAGCGCAGGCUUCCUAUCCAGCCAUUGCGACAAAGACCUGAAGCCCAUUGACAUAAGGGCUUGCGGAGAUCUGCCGUGCCCCAUAUGGCAGAUGGGACCUUGGUCUGUCUGCUCACGAACUUGUGGCCAGGGGGAGCGCCGCCGCAGUGUCUUCUGCAUAGACUACACUGGGAAGACUGUUGAGCCAGAGAAGUGCGAUCUGAACAAAAUCCCAGAACCAGUCUCUGGAGAAUGUCUCAACCAAGAGUGCUUAUGAAAGAUAGGAGUGUAGUGAACUUUCCCUUUCUGGUCUGACUGCACUUAUCUACCAUGGAUGGAUUACUGAUAGGUCACACUGGGCACAGGCCCAGGGGCCAAAGGCGUCAAGGGGCAAAGACACAAAAUGACCACAAAGAGACACAAACCAACCACAGAGAGAAACAUAACAACCACAAAGAAACACAGAGUGAACACCAAGAGACACAAAAAGACCACAAAGAGACACAAAACAACCACAAAGAGUCACAAAACAACCACAGAGAGAUGCAAAACAACCACAAAGAGACACACACCAACCACAAAGCGACACACAUGACUACAAAGACACACAAAACAACUACAAAAAGAUGCAAACGACUACAAACAUCUCAUGUUGUUUUUGUGUUUUUGAGAUUCUGAGCGUUCUGGUCUAGCUAUAAAAUGUGGUUCAAGUGCGUCAUAUUGUUUGUAUACAUUGUGUCUGUCUUUCAGUCUGGAGUCCUUGCUUUUACAGUAUUUAGCAAGGGUUGGGGGCCUUUUACACAUCUGUGCCCAGGUGCCCAUUGCCUCAUAAUUUGUCAAUGUUACCAACCGGUCGCAUCAAGUUACAUCAGGGGCAUUAGCCUGAAUAUUGUUUCGUUAUCUUUUGUUGACAUUUAACAACCACUAUUGAGAUUUGAAACAAAGGAAAUCUACCUCAGGAUGUACAUGUGAUGCUAUGUAUAGAUGCUAGAUGAAGGUGCUGUGUGUGUGUGUGUGUGUGUGCGUGUGUUCUCCAGAAAGAGAAUAUUUCUUGUCCCUCUUUUUGGAUAAAGUCUGAUAUAAUCUGCAGUAUGUUCUAAGUUACCUAUCAUUUAAUGUCAGGCUGGACAAUGUUCUAGCAGCAAACAAUGAGAUGAAAUCUGCUGCAGAACACCAGCACAGUGUAAAUAUACCUCCAAGUGUCCUUCACGGAACGUAACACCUAUAAAGCUUUGAUCAUGCCAUUUACCUAUAAUUGAGGUAUGAUCGAUGCAUUGGAAUUUAAGCUUCUGGGAAAUAAACUCAUGUUUGAUUGCUUCUCUUUUCUACACACAUACUAAAAUGUUUUGUGUUAAAUGAUUGUGAUGAAGAUGUUUUUUAGGAACACUAAAUUUGACAAUAUUUAGGACUUUAAAAUUGUUUAAAGUCAGAUUGUUUCAAUGCAGAUCUAGACUUAUAGAAUUUAUAGAAAUUGAGUUUACAUGGCAUGUAAAAUUAAUUAGCAUAGAUAAUGACUGGUCAUUCAAGACCAGAGAAACCCAUAACAGAGAAUUUCCCUCUGCCCUGUAGUUUAAUUUUAGCCUUUUCCCAGGUGCAAUAUAAUGCAGUUGAGAGGAACAGUGGUACAAGCAAUCUAAAAUGCCACAAAUAUUUCGUCAGAGGUAUUAUUACUGAGUUAAGUGAUAAGCAUACUAUCUAUCGUGUAUAUGAAAAAUAACAUUUUUUUUUUUGUUUCCAGGCUUUCCUUUGUUAAUGCAUUGUAUGCAAACAUUCACAGUUGUUUUUCAGACUCUUGUAUGUAUAUUUGAUUUCUUCAUUCCUGUUGUUAAGUUACACUGUUAUAAAACUAAAGAGAUGGCACAUUGGGCCUAUAUCCCUUCAGUGAAGGACCAUACUAUUUUAUUAUUACGGCUUCCUUUUUAAGCUAUUUAUUUUUUGUAAAAUGUUUACCGUGGACAUGUAAUUAACAUGGCAGAUGCUGCUGUCUUUGAGAUUUUUGUCAAUAAAAGUGGUCAAAUAAACACAUUUAUGUCAAAA